AUGCAACUAGCGUUUCUGGAUUUUGAAGCCGCGUUCGACUCUCCUCACCGAGGCCGUCUUCUGAACGCACUUCGCGCCGAUGGAGCACCACGAAAGUUCGUUCGCUUGCUUGAUGACAUGAAUCAACGAACAACUGCUGCAGUUCGGACACCAGCCGGAUGUACAACACCGUUUGAAGUGGUAAGACAAGGGGCGGUAGCAGGACCCUUCCUGUUCAAUUUCGCCAUUGAUGACAUUAUGCGAAGAACAGUCGACCAGUGUCCUGCCGACAUUGUCUUAGCACCAUCAUUGUGCCCCUUGACUGACCUCGAGUACACCGACGAUGUUGUUAUAAACUUCAAGAAACUUCAACAUGUUGUCAACCUUGUAUCGAAGCUGGCUGCAGCCUAUGGACUACUUCUACGAUCUGACAAAUGCAAGCAGAUGUGGAUCUCUUCGAGACCUCGAACGGAAAUCAGGGUGGACGGACAACCGAUAGAACUCGUCGAUGAGUUCUGUUAUCUGGGCUGCACGCUGAAGAACAACGGCAACUACGAGAGAGAUGUUCAGCAAAGAUGCGCUAAGGCCACUUCUGCAUUUAACUCCUUAAGGAAAUGCUUGUGGUCGACCCCAUCACCAACGAAGUCAAGCUGCCAGUCUACCUGUCCGCAAUUCGCCCCAUCAUGA